UGGUUUAGUUCAAUUUCCAGCUUCGUACUGUGCGCAUUCCUCUCGGGUUCAUUUGGCAACGACAAUAAAAAAAAGUAAAAACAACGCAAAUCAGGGCUUCGAAGUGUUUUUUUUUGUGGUGGAACCAGCAGCAGCAGCAUUUCCUCAUUUCUUUUUCGAUUGACAUUUUCAUUCAGUGAACGAACGCAGAAAAAAAUUAUACAUAGUACAACAUUAUUGUGUGACGAAAAUCGAUAAAAGCGAAGAUCUCAUCGAGUUGUGUAGAAAGGCGGUGGAAAAACGAGUGGUUCGAGAGAAAGAGUGUCUGGUUUUCGCCUUUGUGUCCCCGAGUCGGGUUCUUGGUUUCGGUUGAUCCUUUUUAAGCCUCUGCGAAUUAUUUUUUGAACACACAAAAUGGCCACAUACGCCGCAUUCAAACACGUCGAGCUGUACAACGUUGGGAAUGCCAAAAAGAGAGUCCUCAAGCCUCCAGGUGGUGGAAGCAGCGAUCUAUUCGGAGCCGAUAACGAGCCACUAACUCCACGCAGCAUGAACAAGAACAGAAUGCAAUCCAACAUCUUUGCCGUCCCGGAAGCACAGCGAGCUGGAAAUGUAUUUCGACAAGGGAUCCAUAGAUACUAUUUUCUCGGUGGUGACACCCCACGUCGGGCUGUCCAAGGCCAGGAUUCGCACAACCGUCUGUUUGGCGAAGUAGAUCGCCCUUACACCCCGGUUAAGAACCACAUGAAGAGCAACCUGCCGAUCGGUGCCGAUAAGGCCGAUGGUGCCACCAAAGCUAACGGCCACAGCAACGGAACGAAGACCAAUGGGCAUCACUCGAACGGAAACGGACACGCCCCUACCAACGGCCACAGCAGCAAUGGCAGCAACGGUACGGCCAAUGGACACACCAACGGCACAUCGUCCUCAGCCCCGUCGCAGAAUGGAUCCACUCACAUGUUCCUGAGGAGAUUAACGUCGCCCAAGUCAUCAUCGUCCACAUCUACGAUGCCCCGCUCUCCCCGAUUUGCUCAGCGGAACCCGGUCACCGGCAAUGGAGUCGAGGACUACGCAGACAAGCCGCGGAAGCCGAGCUCGAGGCGUGGAUGUUUAGAGUCUGGCAAUCCGGUGACCGGCGAAGGAUACAAAUCUGGCGGCGCAGCGGAAAUCAACACGACCGUCCCAUCGCUGAAUGGUAGCGGUAAUGUCAUCAACAAGAAUCGCAUCCCACCCGGAGGCUUCUCAUCGGGACUCUGGUAAACACAUCAAACACCACAAUAAAAACAACAACACAGAACCGCGAACACGGGAUGGCCCUUUCUAGCAGAAGAUUGUAACAAUGAUCACGAUUUCCCGAUGUAACGAUACAUAACAUCAGCAACACAGAAACUUUUCCUCAUUCCCCUCUCAACACAAGCAGCAUGGAAACCUUUACAUCCCCCCAUACCCAAGGGGUACAGUUCCAAAUCUUAAGCUAGUUGGCCCAAAAAUAUGAGACAACAGUUACGUCGCCAACCCAAAACUUUGUGGAACUAAAUAUCCGAAAACGAGAUAGUUUUUUAUCCAUGGAAAAUUUCAGCAUAAAUUUUUAGAAACAAACGAAAAUGGUUGCAUAUAAAGACAACGACACAUAGACAUCAUUUCCAUAAAAAGGGAGAAAACGAAUCGAGCAAAUAUAUGCGAUUAUAGGGAAAAUUACCUUUUUCUGUGUAGAAUAGAGGAACAAUAAGAGGAAGAAAAAAAUACAGCAAACAUAAAAUUUCUCGCUAGAAGAAAACAAAUCUCUAGAGAUUCCUAUUUGAAUUUUUGGAAGAUUGCCGAAAACAACUUUUGCAGAUUGAAUGAUGGAACGAAAAUCGAACCUACGACGAUUGCAGGCAAAACAUAUAUUUAUCAGUCUGUUCGUUGUGAAACAAUGACGACGAGGAGAAUCACUAGUGUGUAUGUAUUUAUGAAUGGAAAUAACCAUCGUUAAUAAUAUCACAAACACCCACUCUUUGGACUGAUGAAGAAGUCAAACUAAUAAAAAAAAAACAAUAUUGAGAGCAAUUGAUAAACUUAUCACACAAUAAAUCAGUAACGCACGAACAUAUUUAGAGUGCAUCCAAAUAGAGGGUUGAAAUGUAUAACUUAUAAUCAAAUAAAUAAACGUACAUAGUAAUGGAAGGGUUGCGAGCGGCAGAGUGUAAAAUCCAGCAGUUUUCCAUUCAGAAUUAUUUUCUUCGUUUUACCAUUGAGAUAUACGACUCAAACCUAGUAUUUCUGUCCCUUUGAGUGUCUUUUUUUGUAUUCGAACAAUGUGUAGAGUUAGUAGCUUGCGCGAUCGAGGUGGAAUGUAGCUAUGAUUAAAUUAAUCAGAAAUACCAUUUCGACAACGAUCACAUUUUUGCUAUUUAAACAAACCUUUAUAUACUUGUCAUAUUAUUGUAUUUGUAUUCGCCCAAUUUGAAACCCCUUAUAAACAAACUCACUUUUGUAUGAAGUACGCAUUACACGCAACCGGAACGAAGGGUGACACUUCCUUCCAACUGCUAUUAUUCUCGAAACGCGUUCAGUUUACUGUUUCCCUUUCUUCCAUUUUUGUUCAGUAAAAUUGAUUUCCUAUUUGAUAAUUUUUAUAAAAUUAUUAAAUUUGUCUCUAUUCAAUAAAAGUUAAUAAAAUGUGAAACAAAAACGAAAUAAUGUGAACGAAUGUGGCCUGGAAAUAAAAAAUAAGUGCCCUCUAUCCGGGCGAACACACGAUUACAGCGAAAUAAAAAAAAAGUCGAAAAUUCCGUUAAAGAUUAUCUUGUUAGGGAAAGAGAGAAACAGGUUUAUAGGCAAGUCAAAAUUUGAUGGUUGAUAGUAAUAGUUGAAUACAAUAAUACUGGUUGGAAUGAAGAAGAGAACGCUUAAGCGUAGUUUAAAAAGAAUGAAGGUUAUGAAACACGCAUAACCAAGGAAAAGUGUAGCGAUGUCGAUACAUUCUAUAUAUAUAUUUGCAUUAACGGUUGGCAUGGCGGAGACGACGUUGAAUACAAUCCAGCAAGUAAACAGCUAAUCGUAGGAAAAAGUAUCUUGAUUAUUGUACUUGAUUACUUCACUUCUUUUCAUUUGUAAUAAUAAAUUUUAAUUUAA